AUGGUUCAUAAAACUGAUACUCUUAGUGUUACUCCAUUGGAAGAUAAACCAUUUGGCUGUGUCAUUGGUUUACCAUCUUAUGCUAAUAAUGAUCCUGCUAAUUUAAAUGAUGAUGAUUUUAAAAAAUUAUAUGAAGCUGUUCAUACUUAUAUGGUUAUAGUUAUUCCAGGUCAAGCAGACUUAGCACCAAAAUCACAAUACCUUUUAACCAAAAGAUUUGAUCCAACUAUCCCUGAACCAAAAGAAGAUUCUGGGUUUGCUGGUUAUGGUCAUGGUAAAGAGUUUAGACAUGCCCAAUCGGUUUUAAGAAAAGAUGGUACUACGGUUAAAUCACAACCUCAAGUUCAAAUCUUGGGUCAAGGAACUUUCGAAGCUGAUGAACAAGGUAAUGAGAAUGGGGAAACCAUUUCUUUAACUCAUCCAUCUCAUACUACUUUCCAUCAUGAUCCAUUAACUCAAAAACAAAUUAUUGAAGAAAAUAGAACAAGAUUUUAUAGAUGGCAUAUUGAUUCUGCCUUGUAUGACUUGGCACCUCCAGUGGUAACCACUUUAUUGGGAAUCAAGGUUCCUCCAUCUACUCAAGUUCAAACAAUUGACUAUGAUGAUGGAACUGGUGAUAAAUUACAACUCACUCAAGGUGCUACCUGUUUCGUUAGUGGAGAACAAGCUUUUGCAGGAUUAUCAGAUGAAGAUAAACAAUUUGCCCUCAAUACUACCGUUGAGUAUGCUCCACAUCCUUAUAUUUUUAUUUCACCAGCAGGUGCUACCAAAGAUGGUUUAACCAUGGUUUCUGAAGGUAAAGAAAUGCCAUUUGAUAAAUUACCUGAAUGGGAAGUAUCAAAAAUUAAAAAAUUACCAAUGGUUUGGACAAAUCCAGUCACUAAGAAGAACCAUUUACAACUUCACGGUUGUUGUCUCCAUAAAUUACAUACAAAAUUACCAAACGGUGAAACAAAAACUUUUGAAUUAAAAGAAGCUCGUGAAAAAGCUCACCAAUUAAUGAGACCUUGUAUCAGUCCUUCAAGAGUCUUAGCCCAUAGCUGGUCCCAGGGUGAUUUGGUUAUUUUCUACAAUCGUGGUGUUUGGCACAGUGUUACUGGUGAAUUGAAGGGUGUUAAUAAUGGUAAAGACGAAAGAAGAUUGAUGCACCAAUGUAAUAUUGCCAGUGGGCUCGAUCCUAAGUUAGAUCUCUGA